AUGGGACCGACGGUGUCCCCCGUGGUAUCGCCGGGGUACACCGAGGCGGAAAGUGACCUGGAAUUGGUGAGCUGGGAGCCGGCGCCACGGAGAAAACGCGCACGCGAGGCGAAGCGCGAGGAGCCCCGGACCAGCAGACUCGAGGAGCCCCACACCAAGCGCGAGGAGCCCCGGACCAGCAAGCACGAAGAGCCCCGCACCGGCAAGCGCGAGAAGCCCCACCCCAGCAAGCGCGAGGAGCGGCCUGAGGGAGGAAGGAGGGGGCGCACGGAGACGCGGAAGGAGGAGCCCAGUGAGCGGGCCUCGAAGCGGGAGUCCACGCGUUCGACGCGUACGGCCAAGGAAGAGGAGUCGUCGGCACGCACAAGGGGGAGGUCGACGGCGCGGCGAGGGGAUCAGCGGCCGACAGACCCACAGGUCGAGAAGCCGCAGACAACGCCGACCGAAACCGCGUCUGCGUGCGGAAGCGGAGAAGGCAAGGGCGACGCGGGCGGAGGGCGCGGCAGGCGGGCUGGCGGUGAUCUCCAGCGAUGA